AUGGCGUCUUCCAGAACAUUCUCCCUCUACUCCUCCAUACCCUCAGCCGACGCCGCCCCUUCAUGUAGAGUUCACCCGAUCUCGGACGAUCCGCCGUCUGCGAGCAAGCAGAAACGUCUCGACUCGUGUUGCGGGUCGUCGCAAACUCUCCCAGACGAUCCUCCUUCCGCCAGCAAGCAGAAGCACCCGCCGCGCCGCAGGAGCAUCUUGCGCCGGCUAGGCGCCGCCGUGGAUUACGGGAUUAACUACGUCUUUAGCGGGCUCGCGCGGGUGGUGGCUUCGCAUCCGAUAGCCGUGCUGGCGUUGACGAUUGGCUUGGGCGUGCUGAUGGCGUGCGGCGUGUUCAAGAUGACCGUUGAGACCAACCUGGAAGAGCUCUACACGCCGCAGGGGAACAUCGCGUUCCAGAACCGGGUGAGUUUUGAGACGUUUCAAAAGUCCGAUAGCAGUGCUGGCGCUGACGAUCGGCUUGGGCGUGCUGAUGGCGUGCGGCGUGUUCAAGAUGACCCAGUGCUGGCGCUGACGAUCGGCUUGGGCGUGCUGAUGGCGUGCGGCGUGUUUAAAAUGACCGUUGAGACCAACUUGGAAGAGCUCUACACGCCGCAGGGCAACAUCGCGUUCCAGAACCGGGACUACGUGGAUUCGCUGUACGGCUACGAGGCGCUGGACGUGAAGGUAUUCGUGGUGUCCAAGGGCAACUCCAACCGCACCCUGCUUACCAAACCCGCGCUGCUCGCCCUGCUCGACGUUUACGAGCUUAUAACGAGCGUGAACGCGACGUACAACGGGUCGACGUUUAACUACGCGGAUCCGCGCAUCUGCUACCGGCCCGGGGGGCAGAACACGCCGUGCCAGGUGGUGAGCGUGCUGGACUACUGGGGCUACUCGCGCACGGCCAUUCAGCGCGAUAAGGACAUUAUGAAGACCAUCAACAACCCCUUCGUGCUCACGCGGUACGGGCAGCCGGUGCCGCAAGACUGGGUGGUGGGCGUGCAGACGAAGAGCGCGGAGUCGGGCGAGAUCGCGGAGGCCAAGGCGUUUCUGCUGACGCUAUUCGUGCAGAACAACAAGGGGUGCUCCGGCAGCAGCUGCAAGGACUACUUGGUCGAGGAGUGGCAGAAGGCCAUUGACGCGCCGGUUCGCGCGUAUUCGAGCGACGAGAUCGACGUGUACCUGCUCUCCUACUGGGGGCAGCAGGCGGCGAGCGACAGCGCGCUAACCGCGGACGUGAACCUCUACUUCGUCAGCGCGUUCCUGCUCCUCGCGUACAGCGUGCUCAUCCUCUUCCGCCGCCACCCCGUGCACUCGCACUGCUACCUCGCACUCGUUAACAUCGCGUCCGUGACGCUCGCGGUCAUGGGGUCGUACGGGCUCUGCAGCCUGUUUGGGCUCAAGUUUAGCCUCGUCACGCAAUCGCUCGCGCUGCUGCUGCUGGGGCUGGGUACGGAUGAUAUGCUUGUGACUAUGGCGGCGCACGACGAGACGGCGCGCGACUUCCCGAACGCGUCCGUGGUGGACCGGAUCGUCGCGACGGUGUCGCGCGCGCGGCGCGGCGUGAUCGUCGCGGCGCUCACCAACUUCGUCGCGUUCUGCACGGGCAUCAUCUCCGAGCUGCCCGCGCUGCGCGAUUUCAUGAUCUACGCCGCCGUCGGCGUCGUCCUCGUCUUCGUCUUCCAAUCCACGCUCUACGUCGCGGCGCUCACGCUCGACCUGCGCCGGCAGCGCGCGAACCGCAUCGACACGCUCUGCUGCCUCGUCAGCUCCGCCGGCCCCACCGACGGCUGCUGCGGCCGGCCGUACGAUCGAACCAAGCCAGGACUCGAUCAGACGGUCAUAGGCCACUGGCUUCCCGCGCUGAUCCUCCAUCCGAUCGGGAAGAUCUUCGUGGUUUUAGCGACGCUAGGGUUACUCGCGACCGGGAUCUACGGCGCGUGGAACGUGACGCAGAAUUUUAAUAUCGACUGGAUGGUCCCGGAAGGGACGUACGUGCGUGACGUGUACCGAAUCCGAUCUCAGACGUUCCCCCUCGCGUCGGGCCAAGGCGCUCUUCCCGUGUACGUUUACACGACGAACCCGACGGCGACGUUCACGACGGUUACCAACACUUCGUCGGGGUCGUCGCGACCCCAGGCGUGGGUCGCGCCGUCGUCCGCGGCGCCGAUGGACUAUUUUAAGAUGCAGGACGAGUUAGCGGCGCUGGGCGUGCGGUUACAGGCGGACCCGUACAUGUCGUUCUCGCCGCCCGUGCAGUCGUGGUUCGCCAACUACCUCAUCUGGCUCUCCGCGUCGCCGCACGCGCCGCUGCUCGACGCCAACGGACGUCCCCCCACGCCCGAGCUUUUCUACGAGUGGCUGCACGAGUUUCUGGGCUCCGUGGGCCGGCGCUUCCGUCUGGACCUAGUCUUCGACUCCUCCAACAGCUCCGUGAUCCUCUCGUCGCGCUUCUUUGCCAUGACGCGCGGGCUCAACAGCAGCGCGCAGCAGGUGGACGCCAUGAACUCGGUCCGCGCCACCGCGUCCUCCGCCGCGCCCACGCUCUCCGCCUUCGCGUACACCUUCCCGUUCAUCUUCGUCGAAGGCUACGCAGUCAUUCAGCCCGACACAGUCCUAGCCAUCGCGAUCGCCGGCGCGGUGGUGUUCGGAAUCAUGCUGUUAUUGCUCGCGGAUCUGACGUGCAGCGUGCUGGUGGCGGUGAUGGUGGCGGCGAUAGGGGUGGAGCUGGUGGGGUGCUUGUACUGGUUCGGGCUGGCGUUUAACUCGGUGACGUCCAUCACGCUGCUGCUCGCCAUUGGGAUUGCCGUGGAUUACUCGGCCUUCACUGCCUUCUCGUUCCUCUCCCAGGUGGGCACGCGGCAGGAGAGGGCGAGGAGGGCGUUGAACCACCUGGGAGUGGCGGUGUUCAACGGGGGCUUCUUCAUGUUCCUCUCCAUCCUCCCGCUCGCCCUCGCCAAGUCCUUCGUCUUCCAAACUUUCUUCAAGAUGUUUUCUAUGAUUGUGGUGCUUGGUCUAUGGCACGGCCUGUGCACGCUACCAGUGCUGCUCUCGCUCUUCGGCCCACCACCAUUCGAAACAUCCGUAGAGGCGCACCUAUUGCAGCUAUCCGCAGCAACGUCUUCGGCCCGAGUGGCUGAUGCUGUCAUGCCAGAUGAACUGCCAGGUGUUUCUUCAGGUGGGUCUGUUUGCAGCGGCGCCAUAAUGGUGACUCCAGAGAAGCAGGUUAUAGAGACGAGCGGAGGGGAGGGGGAGAAAGGGGAGAAAUACUGCGCAUAUGCGACAAAGAAGGAGCGGGGGAGGGAGACGGCCGGGGAGAAGGGGGAGCAGACGGGGAAGGGGAAGAGGGAGCAAGGGUUAGAGGCGAAGGAGGUGAGGAAGGAAGGAGUGAAACGAGCCGAGACGAAGGGGGACGGACAGGCAGAAAGAGAAUCAGACAAGCAGCAGCAGGAGAGACAGGAUGCCGUGCCAGGCGCUGCUGCUACAGCCACUGCUACAGCUGCUGCUACAUCCGAGGCCAGCGUUUCUGGUUCGCCUGAGCGUGCAGCAACAUCCUCGUCACAAGCAGACCCGUUAUUGUCAGACGCGGUGCGGCACGUGCGGCUGUACGGGCGCCUGGCAGACGUGAUUCGCGAGGUGCAGAUAGAGGAGGCACGAUCAACCCCUGUGGAUCCAUCAGAAUCUGUGUUCACACGGCUGCGGCAGAUGGAUGGGACGAUGGGUGGCGGGGGAGGAGGUGACGGAGGAGGGAGAGGCGCGGGGGGAGGAAGAGGAGGAGGGGAAGGAGGUAAGGGGAGAAACGGGGGAGGGGGUUUGCUGGAGAGAAGAAUCGAAGAGGUCGAGGAGCAAGGGGAGGGGCAUGCAUUGAAAAGAGAAGGAGAAGGAGAAGAGCGAGGCAGGGCAGAGGUAACCUAUGAUGCUGCUGCAGGUAGUGGUGGCAGCAGUGGUACGGCUCACAGUCACACUCGUGCUUCUAAUGCGGGUGCUAGAACUGAGAGUGAUAGUACCGAGGGCAGCAGCGGUGAGAUGGUUAUUGCGAGUGCAGCAGCAGCAGCAGCAGCAGCAGCAGCAGCAGGGGAUGAAAGAGCCCUCCAGGGGAAUGCGCAUGAGGCCGAGGGGGGCAGGCUCAGGCGUUUCCUCAGGUGGUUUCGCGGAGAAGCUGUGCAGGAGAGAGCGUCAGGUGUCGCUUCGUCUGGAAAAGAGCAAGUAGUGGAAGGGGAGGAGAAGGAGCAGGAGCAGCAAGGGGCGAUCAGAGGGAGGGACGGGAACCGUGUACCGGGCGAUGGAAGACUGGUAGUGAAACGACAGGGAGAAGCAGCACAGGGAGUGGGAGCAACGGCUGAUACUGAAGAAAAGGCUGCCGCUGCUACUGCUGCUGCAUUGCCAGUGUCUGAUUCACACUCGGCACUGGUGGGGCUGCAGCAGCUGCUAGAGCUGAGCAGGGAGGAGCAGCAGGAGGUGCUGCUGGUGCAGGCCAUUGAAAACGAAGCAGCAGCGCUGCAGCCCGGGCAGGCCAUGGUUGUCACUCUCUCCACGUCGCUGCUCCCUCUCCUGCGCCGCUCAUGGCCUGCUGCUGCCGCCACUGCUGCUGCUGCUGGUCGAAGAGGCGCUGACCACGCUUUCGCUGCGCUCUCUCCCGCAACAGCUAGUGGUGUCAGUGGCAGCGGCAGCGGCACUGGCGGUGCUGCAGGAGCGGCUCAUAAGGCGUCUGCCUCCUCACUGGCAGCAGCAGGCGCAGGAGCAGGAGCAGCUCUAAUCCUCAUCACCUUCUCCUCUCUCUCCAAAACCCUCUCCCUCUCCGCCCUUCUCAAGCUGUUCACCUUAAAAGCCGCCUCGAUAGCAGCAGGAGGAGCCAAGGGGAAGCUGUUUUCCUUCCUCAUGCACCGUCUGGUGACAGCAGCAGGAAUGAAAGCGUCUGCUGCUGCCGUCACAGGGCCGCUAGGAGCCAAGCUAGCGCUUCUGGCAGGUAAGGUGGGUCUGCAGGGGAAGAUCGCAGCUGUGGGGAUUGGAAAAGCUGGGGCUAUGGCAGGCGGCUCUGCUGCUGCGAAUGCUGCUGGUGCUGCAGGUGCUGGGAAGGCUGUGGCGGCUGCUGCUGCUACCGGGGCAGGGAAGCUGGCGGGUUCGGCUGGGCUUGUGGCUGGGACUGGGAAGGUGGCUGGAGGUUCAGCAGUGAUGGCAGCAGGAGCUGGGAAAGCAGCAGCAGCUAGCGCUGGUGCUGUGGGGAAGGCAGCAGGUGCGGCGAAGGCAGUGGGUGUUUCAGCCGCCGGUGUGGGCAAAGCAGCGGUGGGUGUUGGAGGGAAGGUGGCAGGGGCAGGUGCAGGGAAGAUAGCAGGUGCAGCGGCGGCGGCAGCAGCGGGGAAAGUGGGCGGGUGGGCGGGCACGACAGCGCAGGUAGCAAUGGACUCAGUGCAGAGAGCAGCGUGGCAGCUGCUGCGAACGGUGCUGUACCAACAGAUGCGGGAGAGGUCUCGCAACGGUAAGGGGCAGACGCAGCAGGUGCAGGUGCAGGGGCAGCAGGGAAGCGCAACGGGUGCUGCUGGCUCAGCUGUUGUCUUGACCACAGCAGAAGCAGCGGCUGGUCCUAUUGCGGCUGGUAGCAGCACCCAUCUACUCACCUCAGCACCCACCGGAACCGCUCUAAACCCAUCAAUCAGCGGAGGAGACUCAGUCAGACCAGCAGGAGGGCGAGUGGCCCUCUGGCUGCAGCAGCAGGGGCGGAACGUAAGAGAAGGGCUAGCCUGUGCUGCGACAGAAGGGACCAACGACAGAGCGUGGCUGACACUCGGCGCGACAAUCGGGACAGUGGCACUGGUGACAGCGUAUCAGGAGGAGAUUCUGUACGGGGUGGCGGUGCUGCCUGAAGGCCCAGGGGUUGGCGCGUGUGGGGAGGGGUGUGCGGCGCGUGAGGGAGGUGGUUGA